GCUGGUAAAACCACUCUGAUGAAUGUACUAGCUCAUCGUAACAUCAGUAAAUUGGAAGUAACAGGAACUGUAGAGGUGAACGAUCAUCCGAUUGGAACAGGGAUCACAUCAAUCUCUGCAUACAUUCAACAGGAAGAUCUCUUUGUUGGAUCACUCACUGUUCGGGAACACUUGGUGUUUCAGGCUUUCUUGCGCAUGGAUAAACACGUUCCUGAUGACCUGCGGAUAGCUCGUGUCGAGGAGGUAAUACUGCAGCUUGGCCUGACCAAGUGCGCCGACACAUACAUAGGAAUACCAGGACGGUUGCGUGGCAUCUCGGGAGGAGAAAAGAAGAGACUGUCAUUUGCUUCUGAGGUCAUCACAGAUCCUCCAUUGUUGUUUGCUGAUGAACCAACAUCUGGUCUUGACUCAUUCAUGGCUCAGAGUUUAGUUACAGCACUGCAACAGUUAGCAGCUCAAGGAAGGACCAUCAUUUGCACCAUUCAUCAGCCUUCGUCUGAAGUGUACGCCAUGUUUGACAGUAUCCUGUUGUUAGCCGAAGGAAGGACAGCUUACAUGGGUUCCAGAAGUGAUGCCAUCCAGUAUUUUGACAGUUUGGGCUACCCUUGUCCUGACAAUUUUAAUCCCGCUGACCACUUUGUUCAUACAUUGGCUAUUGUGCCUGGUAACGAGGAAGACUGCCGCCAAAGGGUCCAGAAUAUAUGUGAUGUUUACAGCGCACAUGAAUCAGAAGUCACCGAAUCCGGGGCAAAGGAGAGACAAGACUCCUUCAAGGAUGAUGCUAACGCCCUGUAUCGUUCACCGUACAAAGCGUCUUGGUGCAGGCAAUUCCGUUCUGUUCUCUGGAGAUCCUGGCUCACCAAUAAUCGAGAUGUUGUUAUUUUGAGAAUUAGACUCUUUCAGUGUUUACUUAUAGGUCUUAUCAUGGGAGUAGUUUACUUCCAGACAAAGGUCGACCAAGACGGUGUUUAUAACAUCUAUGGGGUUUGUUUCUUUAUGAUCACUACAUGUACGUUCGCCAACAUUGGGGCAGUUACUUUUACCUUCCCAUCUGAACGUUCUGUGUUUUUACGAGAACAUCACAAUAGGAUGUAUAGAACAGAUGUUUACUUCCUGAGCAAGACCAUCGCUGAGGCGCCUCAAUUUAUUGUUGGUUCGCUAUUUUUGGCUAUUGUUGCCUACUGGAUGGUCGGACUGCGACCUGAAUUUGUUAGGUUUCUCGUUGCGUGUGGGAUACUUUCCUUAGUCAGCAUGACAGCAAUCUCUUACGCUUACGUCAUAUCAGCGAUGUCACCAACGGAGUCAGUCUCGAUCGCGCUCUCUGCGCCAAUGAUUCAGCCUCUGCUUAUUAUUGGCGGAUUUUUUAUCCAGAACACGAGUAUUCCAGCGUGGUUGACGUGGUUGAGAUACCUGUCUUGGUUUAACUACGGAUUUGAAGCGUUGGUUAUUAAUCAAUGGGACAACUAUGGCAAUAUAACUUGUACCAAUUCCAGUGCACCGUGCAUUUAUGAUGGACAGGAGGCUAUCGAGAACCGCGGCUUAAAAGAGGGCAAUCUACUGAUUGAUAUUUACAGUCUGCUGGCUUUGACGGUCGGAUUUCGCAUCAUAGCUUUCCUGGUUCUCUUAAUGUUUAGUUACAAAAGGCCUUAAAAAUAAGUUUUUUCCCUUGGAUUCAUCUCCCGGGGGAACUCCCUUAUAUAGAGGACGGGGGUGCUCGUCGUACCUUUUAGGGGUUACGAAGGCGCUUUUUCUACCUCUUAGGGUGUUCAGCUUCAAAACGUCUACUCGGGAGCUUCUCUAGUAACGUUUAGGGUAUUGAACCGAAAAAACAAUGACAGGAGAUUAAUUGUUGUUUUAGAAUUGGUACCUCUUAGGGGUGAACACAUUUUCCAGCCACGCCCACAAGGCAGGAUCUUGGUACCUCUUAGGGGCUCUUCCAAAAUUUCCGCCGAGCAGCCCCGUCCUUUUUAUAUGGGACUUCCCCCCCCCCCCUGGGAUAUAGACGAUCGGUCAUUGCAGAAGCUAGUCUCGGCUGGUUUCUUUGCCCGAAGGUGAACGACUUUGUAAAAACUCGUCUUGCGAGUAUAGAGACAUUUACCGUUGCAAAUUGACUCCAUUCCAUAGAUUUGCAUUUUCACAUAAUCAUAUAUUUUCAAUUAGUAAAAAAGAACCUGCUAUUUCGUAAACAGAAAAACCUAUCAAUGAGCGUAAUAAUAAACCUGAGCAAGGAUCAUUUAUCUAUCUAUCAAAAACUUUAUCAAGAACGUAAUCAAUAAAUAGGGCGUUGGAUGUAAAAUAAAGAAUAAUUUAAUAAUUUGUAGUACUCGUUACAUUGGCUGUAAAUAGACAAGUUAUAAGAAGUUAAUAUACUGUUCACAAUACAACUUACUCGCCA